AUGGGUUCUGAUGGUGUACGGACAAAGUAUCUAGACGACUACAUCCGCCACGCAUACGAAGACAUACAAGGACUUCCCAACUCCUCAUCACGCAUCUUCACCAGAUCUCCAGGACCAGAGCUCCGACGCGGCCGCGAGAACCACAUCAUAAUAUACCCCGGAUCUUUCAAUCCACCACAUGUAGGUCACACCGCGCUCCUCUGGCACGCCUAUCUCAACACAGACGCGAACACCAUAGCAGUCAUGAUCUUCGCUCUUAGAGACGACUUACUAGCUUCCAAAGAUCAUGUUACGAACAACAAGGGUAAAGCGUUUAUACUCUCGCACUACCAGCGCCGCCAGCUUUGGAAAGACGAUGUUCUAGGAAGAUUCGCGUGGGUAUUUCCAUCGCACGAUGACGACAAGUUGGAUCUGUUUAUGGCCACCAUCAAGCGGUUAGCGAAGGCGGAUAGCUUCAAAGUAUCCUUCCGAAUACUGUACGGAGGCGAUUACAUCAGUCAGAAGACUAGUGUCGAGGGACUGUGGGGAGGGGAUGACAAUACUUGCAUCUGCAGUGAUAUCACACGAACCAUGGACUUUGUGCCUGACGAUAGUGGUGAAUUGUUACAACUGAAAGGCUGUGACAAGUGGAAAACGAUCAAGAGCGAAAGUCCAGAAUGGACAGGGAAAGAGGAGCAAAUCCCAGAUUGCUGGCCUUGCUGGCCCUGUGCAAAGAUGCGGAAGGUCCUCCCCGAGAGUGUCCAGAAGAAUGGGUCGUUCUCGUUCGACAUGAAUGCGUCAAAGCAUCCGCUCGCGACUAUCUUGGCCCGCUGUCACUUCGCUAGGAACACACUUCAGUGGACACGCUUGACCUGCAAACGCGGCUAUAUCAUCUUCAUCCCUAGCAAUCGGAACGCCAAUCCUCCUUCUCCCUCGGCGUGUUCCACAAUCAGUGCCACGGCGAUUCGAGAGUCUCUUCUGAAACUUGAAGGAGUGACGCAGCAGGUCCGCGACGAGAUCAACUACACGGUACCAAACGGCGACUUGCUCUGUAUAUACCUGGGCUUGGACCGUCUUUGGGCGGAGAACGGAACAUAUGAGCAGUUGAUAGGCGGCAAGCGUUGUGAGGACGAUUUAUGGUUGGAGAGACUGAGGGACAAGCAAGCGUACGAGGAUGGGUACAAGCGAAGGCGGAGGUCAUCAUCUCUUUGA